UCAUCCCUUCUUUUCUCCUUCUCCUUGCCUCCUCCGCUGCUCUCUGCUCCAGGAGAAAAAAAAAAAAAAAAAAAAAAAAGAAGAAAAAGAUAUCGACAAUGGAUUUACUGCAAUCACGAUCCUAUUGUGAAUGAUCAGAUCUUUUCUUUUUCUUUGUGGAUGCUCAUUGGCGUCGUGAGUCGAGAUGAUGGCAUCAAUAGGGGAAUUCGAUCCUCUCAACACCAGAGUCCCUGCAACUAAAAUAGAAGUUACCGUGUCUUGCCGGAGUCUGCUGGACGUGGACACAUUCUCCAAGUCAGAUCCUGUGGUCGUGUUGUAUUUGCAGGGUGUGGGAACCAAAGAAUGGAGGGAGUUUGGCAGGACAGAGGUAAUCGAUAACACUCGGAAUCCAGAUUUCGUCAGGAAGUUUGUCCUGGAUUUCUUCUUUGAAGAGAAACAAAACUUAAGGUUUGAUGUGUACAAUGUGGACUCGAGAAGCUGUAACAUUUCCAAACACAAGGACUUUCUGGGCCAGACCUUCUGUACUCUUGGAGAAAUCAUCGGCUCCACAGGGGGGCGGCUGGAGAGGCCCCUAUCUGGGAUUCCAGGAAAGAAGUGUGGAGCCAUUAUCUUUACUGCAGAGGAGCUCAGUAACUGCAGGGAUAUUGCUACCAUGCAGUUGUGUGCCAACAAGCUGGACAAGAAAGACUUUUUCGGCAAGUCGGACCCCUUCUUGGUUUUCUAUCGGAGUAAUGAGGACGGAACGUUCACCAUCUGCCAUAAGACAGAGGUGAUUAAGAACACACUGAAUCCGGUAUGGCAGCCCUUCACCAUCCCUGUUAGAGCACUCUGCAAUGGCGACUAUGACAGGACUGUGAAGGUGGAUGUCUAUGACUGGGAUCGAGAUGGAAGCCAUGACUUCAUCGGCGAGUUCACCACCAGCUACAGAGAGCUGUCUCGGGGGCAGAACCAGUUCAAUGUGUAUGAGGUUUUAAAUCCCAAGAAGAAAGGCAAAAAGAAGAAAUACAUCAAUUCUGGAACUGUAACUCUGCUGUCCUUCAAAGUGGAGUCCGAGUAUACCUUUGUGGAUUUCAUCCGAGGAGGAACACAACUGAACUUCACGGUCGCUAUAGAUUUCACAGCAUCCAAUGGUAACCCCUCCCAGCCCACCUCCCUCCACUAUAUGAGCCCCUACCAGAUGAAUGCAUAUGCCAUGGCCCUGAAGGCAGUGGGUGAGAUUAUCCAGGACUAUGACAGUGACAAACUCUUUCCUGCCUAUGGUUUCGGAGCUAAGAUGCCCCCUGACGGCAAAAUCUCUCACGCCUUCCCACUGAGUGGUGACAAUGACAGUCCAAACUGUGUGGGCAUAGAGGGGGUUCUGGAGGCUUACUUCCAGAGCCUGAGGACGGUGCAGCUGUAUGGGCCCACCAACUUUGCACCUGUUAUCAACAAAGUGGCAAACUGUGCAGCAGAGAUUACAGAUGGCUCCCAGUACUUUGUCCUGUUGAUGAUCACAGAUGGAGUGAUAUCUGACAUGGUCCAGACCAAAGAGGCUGUGGUCAACGCAUCAUCCCUCCCCCUUUCCAUAAUCAUCGUGGGUGUUGGACCAGCUGAGUUUGAUGCUAUGGAGGAGCUGGAUGGAGAUGAGGUGAGAGUGUCCUCCAGAGGACGUCUUGCUGAGAGAGACAUUGUACAGUUCGUUCCAUUCAGAGACUACAUCGACAGAUCUGGCAACCAGGUCCUCAGCAUGGCUCGGCUGGCUAAGGAUGUCCUCGCCGAGAUCCCCGACCAGCUGCUGUCUUUUAUGAAGAGCCGAGGAAUUGAACCACGCCCGGCCCUAUCCUCCUCGCCGCUACCGGAGUUACACCGGCAUAUCUGACCCUGACACAGCCACUCGUCUCAAUCUCUCCACCCUGACUGUCUAACCCCGCUCUCCCUGCUUAUCUAUGCUCACCUCCCACACAGUUAUUUGUCACUUUAAAGGAGCGGAAGGAUCGACCCGUGACUUGCCCUCUUCCUCUCUUAUCACCGCUGAAGCUAAACAGGCACAUCAUGCCGACACGGUGGGCGCUCAUCCCUGACUCACCUGCUGCUGUACCUCAUCUUUUCCUCUCUAACUUGCUCUGUUAUAUAGCGUUACUUUCCAUUUACUCCAUUGAAGAACAGUGAGACUGAACCAUGACGGUCCCACCCCUCCCCGCUGACUAUCACUCAAGGCUUUGACUUUUUGAAUUCCCCUGACACGACACAUUUUUGCACAAUAAAUGUGUUACAUUUGUCCUUGUCCUCAGCAAGUGUUGACAGUAGUCACAUUUGGCUGGAGUCCCAUGAAGGUACGACACUAAAUUUCAAUUAAAUUUAGUGUUGUACCUUCCUAUUAAAUUAAAGCGAGUCCCCAAAUGAAAGCAGAGCCCUUGAUGAGCUAUAUACAGCAGCUUGUGUCAGGUACUUUGGGGAUAUAUUUGUGCAAGUGGUUUAAACUUAAUGUUGUUAUUAUCGUCAGGCUGUACCAAACAAUUGGUUCAAUCCAAGGAGUUUCAAACUGUGAGGGCUUCCUGAGGUGAAAGGCACUUGUGCACACUCGGGUUCUACAUGCAACGGAAGUUAGUUAUUGUAGUCAGACCCAUUGACACAUUUAGCAGUCAGCGCUGGCUGUGAGGUAAAGCUCAUGGAGGCAACUGAGUUAUUCUUUAAAGCAAUUUAGGUAAUUUAAAACCGUUGGCACUUAUUGCUGCCGUUUUUACACUCUUCUCUGAGUCAUAACUCAGUCAAACCUAAAUACAGAGACGUAAUACACAUAGUUAAAUUCAGCGUGACUUAACCUUGUCUCAGAUGUCCAUCAUGGAUAAAUGUCCACAAAGCUUGUUAAAAAAACGUAGAAAAAAGCUAGAUCACUCCUUAUAACUGCAGAAUUUACCAGAGAAUCAUCACAUUUCACAGUAAACCAGUGAGAGUUGCCUUUUCAUUCUGGGUACAGUGUGAACAAAAACUGCUGAUGGCUCGUUCAGCAUAGUUUAAAUGGUGCUAAUUUGGCAAAAUGUGAAGAAAUACAGGCAAAACAAACAGUAAGCUGUUUACAGCCUGCAAAUUACGAGAAUUAUAGUUCCAAACAUUAGAGCCUGAUACUAUUAUUAUUAUUAUUAUUAUUUCAAAUUGCACUGAUUCUGUCUGUGGGAGGCACAGCAUCACUCCAAAAACCCCUGGUUUAAUACAACCAGAUGAAUUAGUCACGAGGGGUGUAUUCUGGGAGACUCUUUGAGUUUCUAAAGGUGGACGUCAUAUGGAGGGUAGCAGACAAGUGUUGGCAGGUCUAGUCUGGGGGUUCCGGUCUCAUUAUUACCAGUCAAAAACCUUCAAACAGACACAUGUACUUACACAAACACACACACACACCUCUUUCCGCCAUGACACACCCACCCUCUCUUUGCCCAGCGUGGGCCGAGGCUGGGUGCAGAUUCGCCUCCUGCUGUUAGAGAAAUGCCAGUCUCUCCGGCUGCCCUGCAGAGAGGAGGAGGACGGAAGGAAAAAAGGGAUGGGGAGUAGGGAAGAUGGUAGAGGUGGGAGGAAAGGGAAGAGGGAUGAAGGGGUAAGGGAGAGAGGGAUGGAGGGAGAGUUGAAAACAAAACAAAAAAUCAAAGAUGAGGCCAUGAGAGUGGAGGAAAGGGACGACGACAAAGGAGAGGAUAUGUUUUUUUGAUGCCAAGAAUGAAAGAAAUAUGGCAGAUGAGCGGCUGAGUUGGCGAAAUCAACAGAGAGGAAGAGUAUACCUCUGUUUAGUUGAGUUUUUCUCUGUCUGAUAAGACUUUGUAUACAUAUUUUUUGGUAAAGAAAUUAACGAUAAAUGCACAAUCUCCGAAAAAGCAAUAUACCUGACUCUGAGUGUAACGACUGCCCUAUGCAUGUCCCUCCCUCUCCCCUGCCAUGACUUGACAUUUUAUUCCCAUGCAGACUGGAGCUGUGUACAAAGUGGGUAAACUCUGCCACCUAGUGUUCACCAUUUAUAUAGCAGGGUACCUUUGUUAUGCAUGACUACUGUACAUUCCUAUAUUAACCUUCACAGUGCAGACGCAUGACCUGAUGCAACCGUCCUCACCACCGUAACUAACUGUAAGCAAAGUGACGUCAGGCAGCCCCGAAAAAUUCAAAUAACGUGUUGAUCUCAUUUACGUUCUUAUUUGAAGACGUUCUGUUCAUGUCAGUGUGAUGAUGGUGGUGGCUUAGAGGGGUCUUUAUGCUGUUUCAUGUGUUGUGAAAGUAUAUCUGUUUUUUGUUUUUUAAUAUAAACUUGUACCAUAAUUAGUUGAACCGUCGAGUUUCUGCAUGUCGAGGAAUAAAUAAGUGUCCAAGUGGUCGUCGUCAUUGCAAAAAAAGAGAAAAAAAAAA